GCGCAGCCGGCUGCAGCGGGCCGCGAUGCAGCAGCAGCAGGAGUCGCCCCGGGCCAGCAGCGGCAGUAGCAGCAGAGGCAGCAGCGGGCGGCGCUGAGCCGCCGCGGCCGCCGCUACUGAGGAAGAAGCCGGCCCAAACGCCGCCGCGUCCCUAUCCCCGCGCCCACAUCCCGGCUCCCCGAUUCCCGCGCCCGGGUCCCGGCGCCCCGACCCCCGCGUCCGCCUCCGCUAACUUUCACGCUGCCUCGGCGGCCCGGCCCGGCUCGACGCCAAUGGUGGAGGCCAUAGUGGAGUUUGACUACCAGGCCCAGCACGACGAUGAGCUGACGAUCACCGUGGGUGAGAUCAUCACCAACAUCAGGAAGGAGGAUGGAGGCUGGUGGGAGGGACAGAUCAAUGGCAGGAGAGGUUUGUUCCCUGACAACUUUGUAAGAGAAAUAAAGAAAGAGAUGAAGAAAGACCCUCUCUCCAGCAAAGCUCCAGAAAAGCCCAUGCACGAAGUGUCCAGUGGAAAUGCGUUGCUGUCUUCUGAAACAAUUCUAAGAACCAACAAGAGAGGCGAGCGACGGAGGCGCCGGUGCCAGGUGGCGUUCAGCUACCUGCCCCAGAACGAUGAUGAGCUUGAGCUGAAAGUUGGUGACAUCAUAGAGGUGGUAGGAGAGGUAGAAGAAGGUUGGUGGGAAGGUGUUCUCAAUGGAAAGACUGGAAUGUUUCCUUCCAACUUCAUCAAGGAGUUGUCAGGGGAGUCAGACGACCUCGGCAUUUCCCAGGAUGAGCAGCUCUCCAAGUCAAGGCCUGAAGCUCUCCUCCCUCCAGCUUCUCUGCUGCCUUUUCCAGCUCACGGAGCAAAAGGAAAGACUACCUUUGAAGGGACAAUUCUGUACCGAGCUGCACCGGGAAAGACGGAGGGCCACAGACGCUAUUACAGUUUAAGGGAAACCACAGGCUCCGAGAGUGAUGGGGGUGACUCGAGCAGUACCAAAUCCGAGGGUGCCAACGGGACAGUCGCAACGGCCGCAAUCCAGCCGAAGAAAGUUAAGGGAGUGGGCUUUGGAGAUAUUUUCAAAGACAAGCCAAUAAAGCUAAGACCAAGGUCGAUUGAAGUAGAAAAUGACUUUCUGCCUGUGGAAAAGACUAUUGGCAAGAAGUUACCUCCGACUGCAGCAACUCCAGACUCAUCAAAAACAGAAAUGGACAGCAGGACAAAGGCCAAGGAUUACUGCAAAGUAAUAUUUCCAUAUGAGGCACAGAACGAUGAUGAAUUGACAAUCAAAGAAGGAGAUAUAGUCACUCUCAUUAAUAAGGACUGCAUCGACGUAGGCUGGUGGGAAGGAGAGCUCAAUGGCAGACGCGGAGUGUUCCCCGACAACUUCGUGAAGUUACUUCCGCCGGAUUUUGAAAAGGAGGGGAAUAGACCCAAGAAGCCACCUCCUCCAUCGGCUCCCGUCAUCAAGCAAGGGGCAGGUACCACUGAAAGAAAACAUGAAAUUAAAAAGAUACCUCCUGAAAGGCCAGAAACGCUUCCAAAUAGAACAGAAGAAAAAGAAAGACCAGAGAGAGAGCCAAAACUGGAUUUACAGAAGCCUUCUGUUCCUGCCAUACCGCCCAAGAAGCCGCGACCACCCAAGACCAAUUCUCUCAGCAGACCAGGUGCUCUGCCCCCGAGGAGGCCGGAGCGACCAGCGGGUCCCCUGACCCACACCAGGGGUGACGGUCCAAAGAUCGACUUGGCGGGCAGUUCGAUAUCCGGCAUCCUGGACAAGGACCUCUCGGACCGCAGCAAUGACAUCGACCUAGAAGGGUUUGAUUCCGUGGUGUCAUCUACUGAGAAACUCAGUCACCCAACCACAAGCAGACCGAAAGCCACGGGGAGGAGGCCUCCGUCCCAGUCCCUGACGUCCUCUUCCCUUUCAAGCCCUGAUAUCUUUGACUCCCCAAGUCCUGAAGAAGAUAAAGAAGAACACGUUUCACUUGCACACAGAGGAGCGGACGCGUCAAAGAAAACUUCAAAGACUGUUACCAUAUCCCAAGUGUCCGACAACAAAGCCUCGCUGCCGCCGAAGCCGGGGACCAUGGCUGCGGGCAGUGGCGGGCCGGCCCCUCUGUCCUCAGCAGCAUCCUCUCCCCUGUCGUCCUCUUUGGGAACAGUUGGACACAGAGCCAACUCCCCGUCUCUGUUUGGCGCGGAAGGAAAACCAAAGAUGGAGCCUCCGGCCAGCAGCCAGGCGGCCGUGGAGGAGCUGAGGACACAGGUCCGGGAGCUAAGGAACAUCAUCGAGACCAUGAAGGACCAGCAGAAACGAGAGAUUAAGCAGUUACUGUCAGAGUUGGAUGAAGAGAAGAAAAUCCGGCUUCGGUUGCAGAUGGAAGUUAAUGACAUAAAGAAAGCUCUUCAAUCAAAAUGAAUACUUGAUAAAUGAAAUGUCGCAUUAUUCAUCCCAAGUCCAAGACUCAAAUUUUCCGCCCCAGCCAAAAUAACCUUGUGCCAAAAGAUGAAAAAUUGCCUCAACAUGUCCCUGUUUGAAAGAUUAGCACAAAAGUCUUGAUAGCACAACACAAAUUCCAUCCAAGAGGAGACUCUUCCCCAUGGUAUAGUCCUGGGUCUGGCACUGGUUGUGACUUAAACAGAGAAAAUUGUGCUAAAGGCUUUUUUACUAUGAGAUCUCACACGAAACGAAAACUCAGGCAGUUUAGUCCAUAGUGGUACUAUUUUGAUGAUAUUUUCCAUUAAUAAAAUGUAAUUUUAGAGUCUUCGUUUACAAGCUUUAUAAUUUUAUGAUUUUUUUAAUCGUGUUUUGCCACAGAUUCCCCCAGUGUUUGUAUUACACAUAGUCCGGAGCGAGCAUCCCAUUGUUUUGCUUUAGGCGGAAAGCUGCCUCGCUCUGUGUCCCCCUCAAGGAGUCUAUUACAUAUGCAAUUUUAGGUCCAACCUGUCCCUUCUCCUGCCAGCAAACCCCACCACCCUAAGAUAAAUUUUAGCUUAUAUAUGAUGGUAUAUUUACAAAAAGAGAAAGAGAAAAUCUGGUAUUUGCAAUGAUCUGUGCCUUCUUUUUACCACCCUCUUGAUUGGAGCUUUUGUGAUGCAGCUACCAUGAUUUAAAAAACACACACACACAUUUAUUUUUUUUAGUCACUUAUCAAAGUCUACUAGAGGCCACUGUUUUCAAAGCUUCUCUCGCCUAACCAAAGGUCCUAAGAGGAGACAGCUGUGAAGUUGGGCGUGCUCUUUGGUACCAGCUGUGACUUUUAAGUUCUCCUAGGUUUAGGUUGUUCAUGAACUAGAAAUGUCACCCCUGCUUGAUUUUUCAUCAGCCAAGUUAAACCCCUGCUUCCUGUCCUUUGCACCUUUUGAGUGAACGGAAUAUGCAUUAUUAAAGCAAAAAUAAAUAAAAGUAAAAUGCAAAUGAAAAC